UCUUGAAUGUUGCUUCAAUCUUCACGUACUGUCCAUAAUUCAGACAGGUUCAUGUAUAUGAGGAGAUUCAGAGCAGUGGUCAGUGAGCUACUAUUAUUUUAAGCCAUCCAGUAAUGGCUUCGGAAGAAGCACCGCAUGUCCAGACACAGACCGUCGGUGGUACCAUGCAACGCCGAACAUGGUCCGAAGUUCGCGGCUGCAUCAGUCAGUGUCUGUUCUGCAGCCUCCGGUCGGGAUUACCAUUGUAUUGGCAAAUUCGUAUGCAGCACUGAGCCGAUUGGAGAGGCUUCUUAUUCGCAAUUGCUGCGGAACCAAAAUAUCAAACAGGCAGGUGUCUGUUCUUAUCACACACAGACUGUCUUUCUGGUGCGCAUGCAGCCGCAACGGUCGAGAGAAGAAAGUCUCAAGCCGGCACUUGCUCAAUGCUUAGCCCCGCUUCGACACUUUAUUGGCUUCUCUGCCCCACUUGAUGAAAGCUUCCGACAGCGCCAGGUCUGGGCAAUCAUCGUUUGGAAGCCACACGGCUAGGGAGCAAGUCGAUUGAUGGCGCAAGACGGCCGGUCUACAGGAGAAAAGCAGACAUCUCGACCUCGGGCAUCAGCAAAGCAUGCAGCAACAGUGACAAAUGCAGUCUUGUCCAGAGAUCCAGACGAUCAACACGCGCUAAACGAUGGUGGUGGGGACGGGGUGAUAUGG